AUGGCGCUCGUGAAAUCGGAAACGCACCAUUCUUCAAGGUUUGCUUCGCUUUACGUCGGUGAUCUUAGUCCAGACGUGACGGAGAAAGAUCUCAUCGACAAAUUCUCCGUGAUUGGUCCCGUCGUCUCCGUUCAUCUUUGCCGCGACUCGAUCACCGGAGAAUCUUUGUCUUACGCUUUCGUCAACUUCGAUUCAUCUUUUAGCGCAUCGAAUGCUAUGGGUUGCUUCAACAACACUGUUUUGAAGGGAAAGGCUAUGCGAAUAAUGUUGUCCCAGACGGAUCUUUCAAAUCGUCCUCGCGCUGAGGAGAAUGGCCAGAGUAGCGAUUUCUACUGUAUUCGGACUUCAUGUGGCUCGGAUGAGGCCCGCACAGAGGAUUUUACACGUUCUCAAAGAGGUCGGCAAAGAAUUCUUAGCCAAGACGUGCCUCAGAUUGAUCACGAUCAGAAGAAGCAUUUGAGAAGGAAGAAUUCGUCUACUCAUCGUUGCCUCUCACUGGUGGGAGAAGUAUGUCUCAUGCAGGAAAAUCUCAAGCAAGAGAUCCUCACCAAGGUUCAGUUUCUCACGUUUGAUGACGAAGGUGUUCUCGUUGGUUUGUAA